GUACAAUCAAACUGAACAUUCAAACAAACAAACAAACAAAACAAACAAACAAAUAACAGAAACCGUCAGAUUAUUUCAUCAUUUUGUAGAUUACAGAACAUGAUGAUUUAUUUUCUAAUUUCAGAAAUGGAGGAAGAAAACCAUACAGAUACUUAUGAAGUUGUCAAGGCAACAACCACAUUACUAUGGCGACAGAAGAUGAAAACAUACUUUGACUGUGUAGACAUUGCACAAACUGGCUUCAUCACAAAAUCGCACUACAAACAGUUGACCAGUUUUAUCAAGGCAAAGUAUGAUGGACUCCAUCAACAAGUAUACGACACAAUUGAUCGCAUCUUUAUCCAAAUUCUAUGGGGAGAAGUAGCCACCAGAGGGGGCGAUAUCAGCAAUAAUCGAAAAGUGACCUUGACCGAAUCAUGGGCUUUCAACUAGAAGGGUAUGCAACUCUAUGUAAUAACAUGAGACCUUCAAAAUGAGCAAUGACAUGCUUCCCUUUUAUGGCAA